AUGAACAAAACUGCUGACCUGGAGAAAGUUAACUCAACUUCAGAUGAGUCAACACUCAAGAACUAUGAUGAAGCAUUACGCUUCAUUAAUGAAAAAAAAUCACUUGAUGAGCAAAUCAAAGUGGAAAAAAGAACAAUGGAUUCAAAGCUAAUGUGGAAAAUUGAUCUAUGUCUAAUACCUGUGAUGUGUAUGAUUUACUUUUUACAAUUCUUGGAUAAGACGUUAAUCAAUUAUGCUGCUGUUAUGGGUAUUAAGAAAAACCUAAAGGGGAAUGAGUUUGCAAACUUGGCUACAAUUUUUUAUGCUGCUUAUAUUUUCUUUGAACCUAUGAAUUCAUACUUGUUACAAAAACUACCAUUAGCCAAAUUUUUAUCAUUCACCAUCAUAGCUUGGGGGAUCAUUGUUGCUUGCCAUUCUGCUUGUCAUACUUAUGCUUCUUUAAUGAUUGUUCGUACACUAUUGGGUGCUUUUGAAGGCCCAGUUGCUGUAUGCCUUAUUGCAAUCUCUGGUAUGUAUUGGGACCAUAAACAGCAGCUGAGAAGAAUGGGUCUUUGGUCUAUCCAAGCAGGUACUGGUUCUAUCAUCGGUGGUCUUUUAUCAUUUGCCUUCCAACAUAUUGAAAAUAAGACAUUUCAAUCAUGGCAAAUCUUCUUUUUGGUUAUCGGUGUUAUUACUUUCUUCUUUGGUAUUUUCACUUGGUUUUACUUACCUGAUAAUCCAACAAAGGCUUGGUUUUUAACUGAGGAAGAGAAAAUGAUUGUUAUUGAACAUGUUAGAAAUAACCAAACUGGUGUUGAAAAUAAAAUCUUCAAAAAGGAACAAAUUAUGGAACUUUUAUUCAAAGAUAAACAUACUUGGCCAAUGUUUUUCCUAACCAUCGUUUCACAAAUUUGUACAGGUGCCAUUUCUACAUUUUCAGUCACAAUUAUCAAAACUUUUGGCUUCUCAAACAAGGUUUCAGCAUUGGCUCAAAUGCCUGCUGGUGCUGCUGUUAUUAUUUGUAUUUUGAUGGCAACAUAUAUUUGUGCACAUUUUGGUCAUAGAACUUUGAUUUUCAUUUCAAUGUGUAUACCAUCUAUUGUUGGUUAUAUCGUCAUGAUUUCUUCAAAAGAUAGAAUAGGUAACUUGCUAUCAGUUUAUUUGUUAUCAUCCGGAAGUUGUGUCAUCACAUUGAUCUAUAGUUGGAACAACACAAACACUGCUGGUUAUACAAAGAGGAUUGGAAGAAAUUGUAUGACAAUGAUUGCAUUUGCUGUUGGUUGUUUGAUCGGUCCUCAAUUAUUCAGAGAUCAAGAUUAUCCUCGUUAUAUUCCUGCUAAGAUUACAUUAUUGGUUACUAUGGUUGUUUCAAUUUUGUUAGUUAUUGUUGUUGCAUUGAUUUCAAGAUUUGAAAACCAAAAGAAGGAGAGAGCCGAAGCUAUGGAAUUACCUGAAAACUAUGAGUUUUUGGAUAUGACUGAUCUACAAAAUCCAAAUUUCCGUUAUGCAUAUUGA